AGUACAGAACAAGGAAUUGAAUCUUCUUAACCGCUACCAUUCACGUAUGAAAGAAAAGCGGAGUAGGCCGUUAUUUGGCUGUCGCCCAGGAUAGGUGGAAGCGAAAGUUUAUCGUAUCUACGAUCGAUAUGACAAUGAGGUCCACGAAGACGACAUGUACUCUUCUUCCUGUAGCGAUGAGUCGCGUGGCGAUGUUCUAUAAAUACUUAUGGGGGUCACAAUACCGAAGCAAACACAGUUUUUCUACGACGUUGGUGUCAGUAACAAGCUGUUAGUAGUUACUGCGGGAAAUCAUGAAGUUCAUACGAUAUACAUUGGAAAUAUCAUUGCUUUUAACUGUGGGAAUGGCUAUUACGGUUGAAAAGCGAGAUAAUAGGAAUCCAGCGGUGUCGAAGAAGCAUGACAAAAGAGGACUCGUUGGUCUAGGAUAUGGCCUCCAACAGGAUCAUUCGGAACACGUAGGACAAAUUUAUGGUCCUCCAGAACCAGCGCCAAUUUAUGAAGAACCACCUCCAGAUGCUUUACAUCCUGUACCUGGACAUUUUGAACCGGCACCGGGAUCGCCGACGGCACCAUUUUUGGCACAUCCGGUUGCAGCCGCUCUGCCUAUUCCAGCUCCAGCUGUAGCACACCCGCUUCCGCAGCCUGUACCUGUGCCUGUUCCGGUUCCUAUAACGAAGACCUUAACAGUGCCAGUACCAGUUCCGGUGGAUCGUACUGUUGCAGUGCCAGUGGCCGUUCCAGUCCCAAAACCAUAUCCAGUCCAUGUUGAAAAAAUCGUCCAUGUAGAUCGGCCAAUACCGGUUCCUAUCGAAAAGACAGUUCACAUUCCAGUCGAUAGACCAGUCGCAGUUCCGGUUCCAGUACCAAAACCUUAUCCAGUGGCUUAUGAAAAGGUGGUUCAUGUAGAUCGUCCUUAUCCGGUUCAUGUGGCAGUGCCAUAUCAAGUCCCUAAACCAUAUCCUGUACCUGUGGCAGUGCAUGCACGUUACAAGUGGCACGGUUGGUAAUUUUUCAAACGUGAACUGUCUCUUUUUUCCCACCUCUUUCGUUUUUCCUACAUUUAUCGUGGAAAAUUCCAAUUUUACCUUUUUCCUUCUUUAAGAAUUUGGAUUUUUACAAAAGAUUCAAUAUUCAUUUGAUCUUUCAAAGUCGUUUAUCUACUUUAUUUGUUAUGAUGUCGGACAAAUUUUAUUUAUACAUAUAAUAAAUAAAAGUACAUGAUUUUCUUUUACAUGUUAGAAAAUCGUGUCAAAAAAUAGGAAAAAUAUUCUUAUUUUGUACAUAAAUGCACGCGCCCUUGUUCUUCAUGCGUAUCGCAAGUUGAGUUUUUUAAAUUCUUUUUAUUCGUAAAAAGUUAUGGAAAUAGGCAUCAAAAUGACUCUACUUUUGGAUUUUACUUAAGUGUCCUGUGAAGUUCCAAGGUGCAUUCUGUAUAAGGAACAUCUAUCGAACGAGUUACGUUGAACAUCAAUGGGCCAAUGAGAUGGCAUAGCGUGUCCAGCAAAACCCUAUGCCCCUCUUUCUUACACCUCGAACGAAGUUUCGAACGAGUUACUUCGUGGGAAAUAUCACACCUAACUGAGCUUUUAUGAUAGACCUGAAUCGUAUCGAAAAAGACAAGUCGAAAGGUUGACCUUUUUACGUAACAAUUCUCAUGCAUUCUUGAGGAACCGUAACGGUGCUUCUACCACCACAGCUGCAACCAUUUAAAGGACAGAAUAAACAAGAUCUAAUCGAUGAUCAACGAUAUUGUAAACCAACGCUCAAGACGUGAAGAAGCUUUUAUAAAAACAUAGGGCUCAUCACAUCCAAGCAUAGAUUUAGAACGGAUCUUGAUAUACAUUAUUCAUUAAAAAUUAUAUUUGAUCAGAAUUAAAGAAUAACUAUAGUUUUUAAUUUCUUUAUAGAAGGUAAUUUGGUUGUCGAUUUAAUUCAGACCUUUGUUAAAAAACAAUACUCAAGUUAAAUAACUAUUUUGUUUUGUUUUGUUUGUUUUUUUUUCUUUUAUAUGUAUACAUGCAAUUAUAUCUUUUGUAAUCACUUUUUUAUCUUUCAUUUAUUUUUACAUUAAAAGGGAACCAAAGAUACUAUAAAGUAGUAAUAACAAUAUAAUAAUUUGCUCCUCGAGUCUAUGUACUAUAGUGCUAGAAACCUCUAGGUGGCUCAUAUUUAAUUAAUACUUCGGCACCACGCGCUCGAUAGGCGUUAAACUUGACACCAAAGACCAAUAUGGUACCCGAUACAGCUCCGCCAGAGUAACUUAAAGAAGACAGACGCAUAUGCUAUCUGUAACUGAAAUUUUACAAAAGGGCAUAACUUUUCAGAAAGAUUGGAAGAACUGUAAUUAUCAUGAUAAUUAUCAUGAUGUAAAAAUGAAACGGAAUAGUUAGACAGAUAUCUAAUUUAAAGAAAUUUUCUUUCCUCCAAUUGGAGACCCCUUGUUUUAAUAACUUUAUUACAAUUAUGUUAUUAAGACGUUAUCCUUUUAUUGCA